AGCUGGAGGCAGAUUUCUUAAGACAUGGGCCAUAGAACUUAGAAGUUAAAGCCUGGGUAGAAAAUAAAAAAAGAUUAUAUAUAUAAAAAGGUUGGUCUCGGUGGCUCUGGAGUCUGGUAGGGUGAGUGGAUGCUUUUGAAUGGGAAACUUGGUUUUCUAUUUGGGGAAAGUGGUUUCAUUAUUAUGAGUAUGGACAGCUUCGACGUUUCAGACAAGGAAGCAAAAGAAAUUAGUGGUGGUGAUGUUCCAAAGUUAGGUGUGAAGCUGGAAAGCAUUGAACCGGUUAGUGACAAGGCGAUUAUGGUUCAUCAUGAGAAUCACCACCGUCGAUGUCCAUCAUGCGAGACUCAGGUUGGUGAUGGCGAUGGUCCCAGAUGUAGCAACAGCACUAUAACUAGUGGUGCAUACGAUGCUGCUGCUGCUGCUGCUGCUGUUGUUUCUGGUGCUGCUGUUCCAGGUAGUGGUGCAGUUGUAAGAACCGUGCAGCCUUUUGACAUUUCUACCUAUUCUACUCCUCACACCGUCUCCAAAUUCCCAGCAGGCAGGAUGGCAGCAUCUCUGGGGUUUCCUUUUACAAAUGCACAGUGGAAGGAGCUUGAAAGACAAGCUAUGAUCUACAAGUAUAUGAUGGCCUCCGUUCCUGUUCCUCCUGAGCUCCUUAUUUCUGUUAGCAGAACUCCCCCAGACCCAGCUGCUUCCCACGUUCACUUGGGAAGUAGUGGUUUGAACCUCAGAUUGUCAAACAGUUCGGAUCCAGAGCCGGGGAGGUGCAAGAGGACAGAUGGGAAGAAAUGGAGGUGCUCUAGAGAUGUGGCCCCCAACCACAAAUACUGUGAGCGCCACUUGCAUAGAGGCCGUCCCCGUUCAAGAAAGCCUGUGGAAAUUCAAGCAAACAAUAGCAGCAGCAGCAAGAGGACCCGCCGUGAAGAUUAUUCUGCUCUUCCUACUUCCGUCAACAUUCCUAUCCCUAGACCCACAAUCAACAACAAUGGUGUUUCAUCUCAGUUUCUUGGACCUACUGCUGGUUCCCCAUUCCACCGGCCGACUGAGGUCUCGCUUCCUUCACACAAGGAUCCGAGGAGCUUGGAGUGGGUUGUAAAAGGAGAACCCGUACCCAUGGCUACAACUGACCAACAAUGGCACCCUCUGAUGCAAAAUAAAAUGGAAUUCGCCUCUGAGCCGUUCUCUCACUGUCACCCCAAUGCCUCUAUCUUCAAACAAAAUUAUCCCGAGGAGCCCUUGAAUCUGAACUCGUAUGUGUAUUUCAGCACCUGUGAAGAUACACAGAGCAAAGACUGUCCUUUGUUCCUCAGUUCAGAUAUGAUUUCUACACAAGAGCCUCACACGGGAACCACAAGGGGUUUCAUUGAUGCGUGGUCUAAUGCAGUAACAGAGGAGAACAUAGCCAACUCAAGCACCUUGUGCUCUGUUUCAUCAAAUGGGCUCUCACCCUCUUUACUCACUCUAUCUAUGGGUGGCAGUAACUCCAUUGAUGAAGAAAUGGGUCAACUCCAAAUGGGAUCGGGCUUGAUUGGAAGGAACCGAAACAAUGAAAGUGGUAGCAAAUCUGAUAUCUCAAGCUGGUAUACCCCUGCAUCGUCGAUAGCUGCUCCCACACCGGGUGGGCCUUUAGCUGAGGUUCUAAGGCCGAGCAUGGUUGCUAUUGCUACCGAAGCUGCAUCGAAUGUGUCAUCUCCAACCCCUGGAAAUGGUGAUUCAAGGGGUGAUUCGAGUAGGUCUCAUGCUACUAUGUUGUCAUCACCAUCUGGGGUUCUUCCGAAAACAUUUGCUUCAUUGUCUGAUAGUAGUGGUAAUAGCAGCCCAAACCUUGGGAGCUCGAGGGCCACUCCUGAGAUCGCUAUGCCCUGGUUGAAUUAGAGCGAUUUAGCACCGUGAUCGUAUUGAAUCAAAACAUGAUGGGUUCAUUGGUUUCUUUAAUUACGAUGUUGUUCUGGAUAAUUUAGUCCUGUUGAAUUGGUUUUUUUUUUUGGUAAAAUUAGAAGUUUUCUGCAAGAUCUGAACAUCUGUUUUGAGCUGUUGAUCUAUAGAACAGGGCAUGUAUUUGUCGCCGACGUUCAAAGUGUAAAGUCGGUGAAAUAUCGCUGACGUGAUUAAACACACCUAUCUUUUUAUAGUUUAUUUCAAGUUAAUAAUGUGCGAAUUAUGUUUGGGGAAGCCGAACUCAAUUUA